GUUAUUUUUUUUUUUCAUUUUGAUUUCGAUUUUUUUUUUUUAAACUUUCUUUCUUUGCGGAACGAUAUGGAGUACAGCAGCUCCCCGAAGCCGCAGCUCUCCUCGCGGGCCAACGCCUUCUCCAUCGCCGCGCUCAUGUCCAGCGGCAAGCCGAGCAAGGACAAGGACGGCGGGGACAGCACCAUCAAGCCCCUCGAGCAGUUUGUGGAGAAGUCCUCGUGCAGUCAGCCGCCCCUCUCGGACCUCUCGUCCUCAUCCUCAUCCUCAUCCUCAUCCUCAUCCUCAUCUUCCUCCUCCUCCUCCUCCUCCUUAUCUUCGUCCUCACUGGACCUGGUCGGGAGCGCGCCUCUGGUGGCCGCGGGGGCGUGCACGGAGCCCCUGAUCCCGACCAGCCCGGGGGUCCCGUGCAGCGAGGAGAUGGCCAACAUCUCCUGCAGCCUCGAGACCAAAGAACUCUGGGACAAGUUCCACGAGCUCGGAACCGAGAUGAUCAUCACCAAGUCCGGAAGGCGGAUGUUCCCGACCAUCCGGGUGUCUUUUUCGGGUGUGGAGCAGGAGUGCAAGUACAUCGUGUUGAUGGACAUUGUUCCGGUGGACAACAAGAGGUACAGAUACGCUUACCACAGAUCCUCGUGGCUGGUGGCCGGCAAGGCUGACCCUCCUCUACCUGCCAGGUUGUACGUACAUCCCGACUCUCCGUUCAGCGGCGAGCAGCUGAUGAAGCAAAUGGUUUCCUUCGAGAAGGUCAAACUCACCAACAACGAGCUCGACCAGCACGGACACAUUAUCUUGAACUCCAUGCACAAGUACCAGCCUCGGGUUCACAUCAUCAAGAAGAAGGAGCACACGGCCUCGCUGCUCAACUUCAAGUCAGAGGAGUUCCGCACGUUCGUCUUUGUGGAAACCGUCUUCACCGCAGUCACCGCAUACCAGAACCAGCUGAUCACCAAGCUGAAGAUCGACAGUAACCCCUUCGCCAAAGGAUUUCGGGAUUCGUCGCGGCUGACGGACAUGGAGAGCAGGGAAAGUGUUGAGAAUCUGAUCCACAAGCACUCGUACGCCCGCUCGCCCAUCCGAACGUAUGCCGGAGACGACGACCACAUGCCCGACGACGGACACCUGCCACACGCCAGAGGCUCAGCGUUCAUGGCCUCGGACAACCUGUCGCUGAGCUCGUGGGUGAGCGGCGGCGCGUCGGGCUUCUCGGGCUUCCAGCCCCCUCCGUCGCUGUCGACCAUGGGGGCCUCCGGGGCCGCCUCCCUGCCGCACCCCAUCCAGGGCUCGCUGCCCCCCUACGGCCGUCUGGGCGUGCCCCUGGCGCCCAGCGGCGGCCCAUCCUUCCCGUCCUUCCACAUGCCGCGCUACCACCACUACUUUCAGCAGGGUCCCUAUGCCACCAUCCAAGGCCUGCGCCACCCCUCGGCCGUCAUGACGCCCUUCGUAUGACUUGACUCCACCCCCUUCGGCCGGACCGCCUCGCUUUCAUCCUGUGUAAAUAGUUCACCCGCCCCGGCAACAAUAACAAAAGGACCUCCAACAAGCGGAAGAAACAAUAAAAAAAAAGUCCAUGAGAGGAACAUCCUGGCACUCAACGACCAGAAAGCAGAGCUACCGAUGUUUGUUUGCCAAUGCAACAAGACGGCGAACCUCAAUCAAUGGCUUGGAUGUGAUAGAACGUUGGACAAAGGGCCACACUGAAAGGAAAAUAAGAAUAAUUAUACUACAAGAACAAAAUUAAGACCUGUUUUCUCACAAGAUUGCAAUUUUUUUUUCCUCAUUAAAUUAGAACCUUUUAUUUGGGAAAAAAAACUUUUUGCUUCAGAAAACUCGGACUUUUUAUUGAAAAAAUAUCUUUUUUUCCAUCUUUCCCCCCCUGAUAUAUUCCGAUUUUUUUUUUCUAUCUGAAAAUAGUGACCUUUUGUUGUAAGAUUACAAUGUUUUUUUCAAAGGAUCACAACUUUUUUUCUUCGAAAUUGAGACUGAAUUAAGGACAAAAUAAGACUUUUUUUUCUCAUAAUAUUGCAACAUUUUAUGACUUUUUUAAAAACAAAAAAUAGGAUGUGAUUUCUCAUAAAAUCACAACUCCCCCCCUCCCCUCAAAAUUAAGACUUUUUACUGAAAAAUAAAAAUAAGACUUCUUCUCAUGAGAUUGCAACUGUUUUCGGAACUACAAAAUUUUUGCUCAAAAAGAAAAAAAAAACUUAUUCUUAAUAUUAAACACAAAUAAUAAUUUUCAAAAGAAAAUAUUCCCAAAAAUUAUGAUUUGUACCAGGAAAAAGAUUUUUUUUUCUUGUGAGAUUUACUUUUUUCUAAUAAGUUUUUUUAAUUCAAAUCAAAACUUUUCCCUGUAAUUUUUGAACUUUUUUUUUUUUUUUUAAAUGAGGUUUUUUUUUUCCAAUGAAGACAUUUUUUUUCCCAAAUUGUUUUUAACUUUCCCUCCCAAAAAGAUGUUUUCUUCAAACCAAGAAAUGUUUUCUGAUUUAUUUAUUCAAGAAAUGUAGACCCUUUUCCCCCAAAUUAAGACUUAAAAAACUUUUUGUUUUCUUUUUUUACUGAAAAAAAUAAUAAUUCUUUCGGCUGUUUUUCCUAUUUGCAACAUUUAAUCUGGACUUCAUUCUUUUAAUACUAUAUUCUCGUACUAUAAUCAUUGUUCUUUUAUAAUGCGGUCCUUAGUGAAGGAGAAACUGCAACUGUAACAAAACCUAAGAGAGAGCCCUCCGAGGAUCCUCGAGGACCAGGAAGCCGAUUCAGGAAUAUGUCACCUCUCAGGUAGACAAAAAAAGAAAGAGAAAAGCUUCAACCUCAAUGGUUUGGAUCGUCGCUGGGACGACUCGUGAGGCUGCCGACAUUUCCUGGAAACCAGACAACGAACUUCCAAACACGUGUACUAUAAUACGUAAGAAAUGUUAAGUUAGGAAGGAAGCACUACAUUGGCUCAUUAUAGAGAGACAAACAAACGCUAGCACGCAUGCUGGACUACAUCAUUUAAAAAAAAAAAGGAAAAAAAAGCUUCACUUUGAGUUGCUAACUUCAAGUUUAAAAACGUAAACUUCCUCGCUUGUUAGCGAACGCUAACUAGAUGCAUUUUGUCUUUUCGUUUGAAAGUGAAAAAAGAACAAAAAUUGUCUUCCUGGGAAUUGUCAUCCGUGCUUUUCAUGUCAUUUAUUCGUUAUUAUUAUUUGGCUUUUAGUACAGUGGAUCUAAAAAGUCUACACACCCCAUCAAAGGCCUGGUUUUUGUGAUAUGAAAAAUGGGAAUAAGAUAAAUUAAUUCAAAGCUUUUUCCACCAAUGUGACCUACAGCCUGUACAAUGGGGACAUUAAAAAAUAACUUGAGAUAAUGGGGUUGCAAAAGUGUGCACACCCUCUUAUAACUGGGAUGUGGCUGUGUUCAGAAUUAACCAAUCACAUUCAAACUGAUGGUAAACGUCAGUCAGUGCACACCUGCAUUGAUUCAAAGUCCCUCUGAUUAAGACUGAAUAAAGUUCAGUUGUUCUAGCAGACUUUUCCUGACAUUUAUUUUUACAGCAAUGGCCGAGAAAGUUUGGAAAUGAUGUAUUUUGAUUUAUAUGUCACAAAAAGAUGGCAGUUAAGACAGGGGUCUGUAGACUUUUUGUAUAUUCUGUAUACUGUCGAUAUUAACAUUGGCGUCCAAAUGUUAGAUUAUACUGGAUUACAUUGAAAGAAGGCCUACAGGUAUUAUAAACAUCAACUCAGCUAAAUGGUCACAUGAUAACCUUGUUUUUAUGUGAAUUUUUCCUCACAAUUAGGAUUUUAAAAUUCAUAUUCAUCACUGAAACAGAAAGGUUUGACUGAAAAGUCACACUACUGAUGUCAUAUUUUCAAUUCUGGUUUCUAGAUGUCUUCCUUCAUAGUUAGUUUCUAAUUUUUAUAUCCUAAACAUGUUGUGAUGGCGCAUAAGAAUGUGUACAUUGAAAAAAAAAAACAUUUUCUUUUCAUCCUAUUUAUUUGGGUUCCAUGAAUGUAAAAUGUACAAACAACAAAUGUAUGUUUGUUGUCAUUUGAGCACCAAACAAUCUUGUGUUUUGUUGAUCUUGUUUUUUAAGUGCAAUAUAUUUAUUUUGUUGUCUGAAAAUAAUGUCUAAUGUAUCACCUUUAAAAAAGUUGUCAAACUUAAAAAAUAUAUAUCACCACCCAAA